UUUCUACAGAGAGUCCUAUUCUUUCGUAUCAGCUCCUCCUCCGUAGUCAUUUUGGCUCAAGCCAUUUUGGCUCAAGCGAUCGCAUGGCCGCCGCCGUCCGGUGUGGUUCCUUCGGGAGCCCGGGCCGGGAUGGCGGGGUCUAGAGGGGCCAUCUGCGCCGCGGACGCCGCCCUCCUCGUGGAGGCGGCGGUCCGCGCGGCGCAGCUCGCUUGAGCGCCGCGGCGCACCGUGGGCGCCGUCGCAAGGGCGGCAGCAUCCGCUGUCGCGCGCCCGCGGCCCGCGCGCGAUGGCGCUGCUGGUGCUGACGGCUCGGAGGCGGACGACGGCGACGGCGAGCCUAAGGCGGGGGCGGCGGCGGAGGCGAAGCGCGUGCGGCGCCGCCGACGCCGCGAGCGCCUGGCUGCUCGGCGCGCGCAGGAGCGUGGUCGUGAUGGUGGAGGUUCUGCUGGCGGUGGCGCUGGGGCUCCCUGGUGGGCGCAGGCGGCGGCUUCGGCUGCCGUGGCGCCUGGAGUGGCGGCUGGCGGCGCGGCGGACCCCGCCCUUGGCGGCAUCGACAACGACGACGACAUGGAGGACGACUCGUUCGCCAACUCCCUCGUAGUCGCGCCUCGGGAGGCGGCUGGUGCAGCUCCUGGUGGCGCGGGCGGCGGGGUGGUGGCUGGCGGACGGUUGGCCCGUGACGGAGUCGGCGGCGCUCGGGGCCUCGAGCUCGUGCAGCUCGGCCCAGCGCCUCGGGAGGGCCGAUGGGCUGGCGGCCUCGGGAGCGACGGCCUUGGCGGUGCCGCUCCGCGGCGGCGCGGGCCGAGGCGCGCUCAGUCGAAGGCGGCGGCGGAGCUGGACUCGGCGCCCACGGUGGCGGCGCCUGAGGCUGGCGGAUCUGCGGCUUCGGGGGACGGCCUCAGCGAGUGCUUCGCGCUCGCCGACGGCCUCCUCCGACAGGCGCCUGGCUACGGGCCUCAGCUCAGCGCAGAACUUCGGCAGGUGCUGGAGUCCGUGAGCUGGAGGCCUGCCAGCGCUGUGUAGAGCAUCCCGCCCAGGGCCCUGAGGGAGUGGCUUCGGUGGACUGGCCAUUUUGUGGGUCGGCACGGCCAGGAGGGUACCCCGCGUGAGCGCCCGUGGCGAUGCUGCGGACUUCAGCUGCUCGGUCGAGCUGCGGACUUCAGCUGCUCGGUCGAGCAGGUGUCAGCCUCGGCCCAGCGGCGGGCGGGACACAGGGGAGGGACUUCGGUGGCCUGGCCCUUUUGGGGCUGGCGCGGCCAGGCGGGUACCCUGCGGGGGCGCCCCUGGUGACGUCCCACACCCUGGCGCUCCAGAUCGAACGGCUCGUGCUGCGCGAGCCGUGUGCUCUUAAAAAGCGCAUCAACUCCUAAAUGUCCUACGUCUGUUCCUA